AUGGCCAGCGAAUCUCUGAGAUGUUUUGCACAAUUAGCACUUAUAAUAACUUCAUUUCUCCUUCAACAUCGAUCACUUCCAAGUAAAAACAGUUUGGCGAUUUUAACAAGAGGACCGUGUAAUUUAAUUGGUCCAUAUUUUUGUUUCACAAUUUAUCAAUUUCAUAUGGCAAUUACAAUGGCAGCUGGAAUUGCAAUUGCAAAUACAAUAGUUUUCAGAUAUUUAGUUAUUAUAAGUAAUCAUAUGAUAACGGUUACACAUAUUUAUCUAUUAAUUUUCAUUGGUUACAUUUUCCCAAUUAUUGUCACAAUAAUUCCAUUUACUGGAAAAUGGGAUUUUGUAGUUCUUCGAAAUUUAACUCGAUUGGACCAUUCUACUUAUGAUUUGAGUGUUUAUGGCGAAUAUCCUGGAUUUUAUGAUGCACAAAACAUCCAAUUUCUAACAGCUACUGUUAUUCUUGCUAUCGGUGUCUAUGGGUUACCAAUCCUCACUUCUGUUUUAACAAGAAAAGUUUUGAUUCUAAUUAAAUAUCAUCAAAAUAUGUCAGAAAAAACAAAAAAGCAAUCAAGAACUUUGAUCUAUGUAAGUUUCAAAGUUUCUAAAAUUCUACUAAAGAACUUCUUAAAUAAAUUAUAAAAUAUUAUCAGGGGUUUAUUGGUGCAAACUGUUUAUCCACUUUUGGCUUAUAUUCCAUCCUUCACUUGUUAUUUAUACACACAGACAACUGGAGAAGAAAUAUUGUUAUCGGAACAUCUAAUUUUGGCAACUGCAUCUUCUCCGGGACUUUUGGACCCAUUGAUUUCUUUCUAUUUUGUGGUCCCUUAUCGAGAAGCUAUUUUGUACUUUUUAUGUCCAAAUAAGAGACCAAAAAGGAUUGUUGUGGCGGUUUCAGUGACUAGAAGUACCACCUUGUAA